AUGGCUAUUCAUUGGAGAAAGUCUGUUUUGGUCACUCUGACCCAUAGGAGUUACACAGCUGAUGUGAUUAUGAAGGGUACUCCACAGGCCGUAGAGACACUUCUGGCGACUUCUUCCGCUGUUUCAAAUGCGGCAAAUUUGGACACUGAGCUAAGGACUGUCGAUCCUUUUCCCGGCCGGGAAGUUACCAGCCCCCUAGCCACAAUUCAUUCCCUGCAAUCUCCUACAAGCCAACCUCAGGACAACCAAUUCAGCCAAAGCAUUGAAGAUGUCUUGGCGCUGGUAGAUCAAAUUGCUCAGAAUCACGAACUUGAAAGCGGACAUUCAUUAAGUGUUAAGGGUAAUUUGAAAAAUAGUUUAGCGUUCUGGAGAUCUAUAGGUGCUCCGGAUUUUAUUUUGUCUAUUAUUGAAAACGGCUACAGGCUGCCGUUCGUCACUUUUCCGUUGGCCAUAAGGCUUAAGAAUAAUAAGUCAGCUCGACUUCAUCCUGAUUUCGUGGACCAAGCUGUUCUUGAGCUUCUCAAUUCUGAUCGGGUGCGUAUGGUUCAUGAGCAGUCUUUUGUUGUAAAUCCUUUGUCAGUUUCUAAACAGCCAGGCGGUAAGAAGAGAUUAAUUCUCGAUUUGCGCCACGUCAAUAAGUCCUUAAUUAAGCAAAGUUCGAGGACUGGAAAAUUGCUAUGUCUUAUUUUGCGAAAGACGCGUACAUGUUUUCCUUCGGUAUUUUAUGUUUUUACCGUGCUCCCGUUCGGUCUUUCCUCUGCCCCUUAUGUUUUCACAAAGGUUUUGAAGUCUUUAGAAAAGUAUUGGAGAAUACAGGGUCUUUGUAUAGCUAUCUUCUUGGACGACGGUUGGGCGAUUGUUCAGGAUAGCGAAAGUUGUCGCAUUAAGGCCCUGGCCGUAAGGGCGGAUUUGUGUAAUGCGGGUUUUGUUGUCGAUGAAGACAAAUCGGUAGGGGAACCCACCCAGGUAUUGGACUGGCUGGGUAUAACCUGGAAUUCUGCACUAGGUACUUUAAAAAUUGUAGAAAGAAGAAUUGUUAAGAUCGUCAAUACAAUUGAUCAUAUCAUCGAAGCCGAUUUCAAAGUGUCUGCUAGAGAGUUGGCCUCCACAGGUCAAAUUAUCUCUGCCGGCCCCGUAGUUGGUAGCAUUGGCAGGAUAAUGACCAGACAUUGUCUCUUGUCCACCUUGUGCUGGGAUAAGUGGGAUUCUAUAUCCCUUCUCGACCAUUACUGCAAGGGAUAACUGUAUUUUUGGAAAGGAAAUAUGGUUAAUAUCAACACUAGGUACUGCUUUGUAAGAAAAGAUCCAAGUUAUUUUGUUUAUUCGGAUGCCAGUGCUACUGGAG